AUGGAGAAGAGAGCACACUCAGAGCGCCCAACUGCGGUGAACCUGGGCCCUGCAGCCCACUCAGAGCGCCCACCUGCGGGAAACCUGGGUCCUUCAGCCCGCUCAGAGCGCCCACCUGCAGGGAACCUGGGCCCUGCAGCCCACUCAGAGCGCCCACCUGCGGGGAACCUGGGCCCUUCAGCCCACUCAGAGCGCCCAACUGCGGGGAACCGGGGCCCUUCAGCCCAGAGCACCCAGCUGCGGGGAACGUGGGCCCUUCAGCCCACUCAGAGCGCCCAACUGCGGGGAACCGGGGACCUUCAGCCCACUCAGAGCGCCCAACUGCGGGGAACCGGGGCCCUUCAGCCCAGAGCACCCAGCUGCGGGGAACGUGGGUCCUUCAGCCCACUCAGAGCGCCCAACUGCGGGGAACCGGGGCCCUUCAGCCCAGAGCACCCAGCUGCGGGGAACGUGGGCCCUUCAGCCCACUCAGAGAGCCCAACUGCGGGGAACCGGGGCCCUUCAGCCCACUCAGAGCACCCAGCUGCGGGGAACGUGGGCCCUUCAGCCCACUCAGAGCGCCCAACUGAGGGGAACCUGGGCCCUGCAGCCCACUCAGAGCGCCCAACUGAGGGGAACCUGGGCCCUGCAGCCCACUCAGAGCGCCCAACUGCGGGGAACCUGCGCCGAGGGCUCGCCUGCAGGUCGAGCGGCCAGAGAAGCUUCUCCGGGCGGCACUCGGGCUCGGUCUCCGGGUCACGCCGCCCCCACCCCGCCCUCACCAGGGAAGAGGGUCUGCGUCCACCUCAGAAUAGGGGAUCUCGGGGUGGUGGAGGGGCGUGUGAACAUCCGCCCGACCCGCCAGGCCCAUCCCGCUCACCCCGCCCCGCCCCGCCCAUCCCGCUCGCCCGGACCCGGCGAACGUGCGAUGCGACUGGCAGCCCCGCGGCGUCGCUCACCUCGGAAGAAACGCUCCGGCUUCCUCCGACGGCGCGAGACCCUCCGACCAGGCUCUGGCCCGCCCCGGCCCUGUCGGUCAGCGGCCGCGAGAGCCAAUCCGCUGGCACGGGAGGCCCAGCGGCAGUCACGUGGCCGCAGCAGCCAAUCACAAAAUAG